AAGGAUAUUUAGGACACCAAUUAAUAAUAAUCAAUGGAGGGGUCUGGCAGAAAGUAGGACCCAACUUUAUCCGCGACGACAAAUUGUAUCUUAAGAUAUAAAGAUGGAAACUUAUUUCAAUAGGUAACUGGGUAAACAUUAAUUAAUUUGCAUUGCCUAAAAUAAUUUCCCACAUCAUCAGAUAGAUAAGAAACAAAAACAGAUUUUAAUUCCGCCAUGAAAUCAUGUUCUAAAUUAUAAAUAAAUUAUAACGCAUAUACUAGUCACGUUCUGACCGUCACGGUCCCUGAUCCUUACAAAUCGAGUUAUAAUGGCCUUUAGCAAGCCUACUAAAAGCUGUCUCUAUCCGCGUAGUUCAGUCAGUAUUAAAAGAUGUGCGCUAAUCAUAUAGUGCUAAUUUGGAUUUUCGUUCUUCUGUACUCAGUUGUAAAGAUAUCUUCGAGAUUUGAGUUUACCAACAUCGAGUGCACUUCUUUGGACAAAAAGUUUGACGACUUCGAGUAUUGCUACUUGAAGUCCAUCAACAGGAGCUACAAAUACCUAUCGUUAAAAGUAAAUCUGUUUAAAACACCAGUCACAAAAGUCAAGGUCCGCGGAACCCUUUUUAAAAGAUAUAAUGGCUAUAAACCAUUCAUGUUUAAUGCCACUGUGGAUGCCUGCAGGUUCUUGAAAAACACAAAGUCAAACGCCCUGGCCUCGUACUUCUGGGAUUUCAUAAAACCUCACUCCAACAUGAAUCACACAUGCCCCUAUGAUCAUGAUCUGAUUCUGGACAAACUGUCAGUGGGCUUUGUGAAUCAACAAGCUACAACUGUUUUACCUUUCCCAGAAGGCGCCUAUUUUUUAGAAACGUAUUGGAUGGCCUACGACAUCGACCGAGCGGUGGUUAAGGUCUAUGGGACUCUUUCCUGAUCGAUUAGAAAACUAUUCCGGUUUUUCUUCUUUUUCUAAACAACAUAAUCAUAUUGGGAUCUUGUUGGUAAUAAAUCAUUUAUCUUCUGUAUGAAAAUGUCCACGACUUUUAUUUAACUUAUGGUUUUUCUCGUCCUCGGGGUAAACUUACUUAUAUUUUCACUCAAUCUCAGUUAUAAAUGUAUGAUGACAAAGGUUAGUUGAUGAGUAUAAACAUAUAUCAUGGUUUGUUUAUAUUUUCCGGAGGGCGACUAUCUUAUAAAAACCCGGUGGGCUACUGACUUGUAUGGCACUUUAUCCUGAUGGCUUUACCUCGUUAUUUGCCCAUGUAUGACCAGAAAAAUGGUUUAAAUACAUUCGAAAUCGAAAAGUUUUAAUUUACUUUGGGAAGUACUCAAGGUGAAAGUAAAUGUGCGGCACCAAUUGAAUAUAAUUUGCGUGUUUAAACAGGGGAUAAUAAGUAGAUCAUUAGCCAUGUCUGUUUAUAUUUUGCCAAUAAAACAUUUUUUCAAAGGUUAAAUGGUAUUUUUAAAAAUACUCCAGUCCUAGUUGUUUCGUGAGCUGUACAAGAUGUGUACUAAGUUAAAUUAUCGGGCUGUCUACUUUG